GAUGUGCAUAGGUGGAGAUUCAUCUCCAAUUAAGUGCCUAUUGGGGUGCUCCCUGCGGUAACAUCCCAAUAGCAACUGCUUGCACAGAAAAUCAUGAUGCUUCUUAACUCGUAGCAUAGAUGUUCCGGCGACAGCAGGAGGUUUCCUGUCGCAGUCCUGAGGGCAGUGUUCUGACAAGCCUGUAGCUUCUUCAUCUGCAUCUCGUUAGUCGUCGGCGCCUAGCUCAGUGCAUCAUAAGUUGCCCGCAAAGUCGGACAGUUUCAACAAAUGUUGACUUUGGAUUCGUAUACAUUUACUACGCUGACAAUCUGCUGGAUUUUUACCCUAUCGAGGUGCUCACCAAAAGCAUGUAAAUUAGCUGUAAGGGUCAAUCUCUGAAUUUCGGAAGCAAAUUCCUGCAGUGAUUCUCCAGUUUCAUUUAUUACAUUUGCCACAUUUGCUCACUACCAUAGCAAAUUUUUUUCUAGUUAUUUGCUAUAUUCGUAUUUUCGAAGCUUACGGACCUGGAAAGAGGUUGCACAUUCAAAAGUUGGUGCUUUUAUUUUAAAGCGUUCGUUGCAGUUUCAGAACGACUCCUCUGAACUUUUCCAAAAUCUCCUUCAAUUCCACUCACUUUCUCUCCAGCUUAUCAUGUCGUUCUUUCAGAAUUGUAUUCUCUCUGACCAUUUUGUCCUGAAGCUGAGUAAAAUGGAAUGGAAUAUGUGUUGCAGAUAUGAUGGAAUCUCAGACAUGUGGUCAUCCUGUCAUGAUAUCUUGUACAUACGUGUAUCUGGUACUUGUAGAUGUCAUGGGCUGUUAGUAUUUCAAAUCCUUCGUACUCGUGACGGGUUUUAAAUUGACUGAAAUAACUUCCUCUGUGCUUCCACAAGAUUCGUAAAAUCUUAAAUCGUGACCAUUUUAAUCGUGGCUAUUUUCAUCCUUUGAAUUUAUGUAACAAUCCUGGAUUAUUUCUCAAAUUCUUUAAUUUUUCUUCAACUUCUUUACUGAGAGCGAACAGUUUAUAUAUCUCUAGUGAAAGCUCAGUUUACCAAACACAAUCCUCGUUUAUACCGCUGUUUUUACUACAAAGUACAAUUUGCUAUUGAUAAUGCCAGCAGAGAUUUCUCUAGUGGUUCUUCUUUGAAUGUUCUCGAAAACGAGUAUUCGAUACACUUGCUUCAGAAAACACAUGAGACAUCGACCCUAUUUCUUCCUUUUUCUCUGUAGCCUUUGGGUCUGGUAGCUCUAUUUUGGUUUUUUAUCGUUAUUUCUAUCAUAAACUUCUUUCCUGACACUUCCAACGAAAAUUGCGCGUUGUGUGUUGUACAAUUAGAUUUUGUAAGAGAAAAAGUUCCUUUUUUCUCGUAAUAAAAAGCAAAUAGUAACUUACUUUUCACAGGCAAAAAAUUAAAAGCUUUGUGGAUAAUCGAAAUAUUAAAUUUACAUGAGAAAAGUCAGCUGAAUAAAGUUCAAUCAAUUCAAAGUUCCCUGAAAGAUUUCCUUUCAUAUCCCUUACAUCCAUUUUCGCUUUACUUUUAUCUUUUCAUCUUUCGAGUUUUUUGUUUAUUGAAUUUUGUGCAAAUCUUUUUCAACAUUAGUACCUGUGAGAAAAAACGAGUUGACAUUCAAUGGAAGCUUUUGACGCAAUUUCUCAGUUGAUAAAAUGGGAGGUAUAAAUAUAAUAUAAUUCACCGUUUUAAUCUUAUAUUUGCACUUGGAGCAAAGUUAAUUGACUAAAUGGCAAGUUCUGUGUUUAUUGAGAAUUGCACCAAGUCCCUCCAGGGAGAUCUGACAUCAGAAAAUGGGAAUUCGAUUUCUGCAUCACCUGAUUCCAAUUUGGUGGUGGUGUAUGGAAAAAGCGGGGUUAACUUUGAUCAUCGAGGAAUUGAGAAUCUCAUUGUGGAAAAAUCUGUAUCGUCAAUUAGUGUCAUACGGCUAACCUCACCGACUCCCAGCAUGAUAGAUGAAGAGGAAGAAGCAGAGAAGUCGGAAGAACUAAUGCGUAGACAGGCUGAUGGUUUAUCAGAUGAUGAUUCCGGUAGUCAAAGAAAUAGUUCUAGUAUAGACGAAGGUCUAGAGCGUUCUGAAAGUGAAGCAAUCCAUACAACAGACGAUGAAAAGAGUGACGUUGGGAGUGAAAAUUCGGUUGAUAACCUCAAGUCUGAAACACGACGAAAGAAAAAAAGAAAUAUACGUAAACUUCGCGAAACGUGUAAAAAACAAAAUCCCCAUAAUAAAACGUCAAAGGAGCGUCCAGAUAUAAUUGGCUUAACGAUUGAGGAAUUUUAUUCACCAAUAUCUGCAAAGGAAGUGGUUAAAGAAGCUUUGAAACUUGCAGGAGUGUCAACAUUUAAAAGGACGGCUGAUUAUGAAUUUCAAUUAUUGGUCAUACGAAAUGAUCAUUGUUAUACUCCAUUUACAUCACCUGCACAAAUGAAAGCUAAACUGGCUGAGAAACAUAAAGUAGAAAAACAAACAGCCAUAAGUCGAAGAAUUAUUCCGCAUACCGCUGUAACUAUGAAGCAAUUACAGCUGAAAAGGAAAAUCUUGCAAGAUUCAGGGGAGUUUUCCGGUCAAACAAGUCAAAGUAGUGAAGAACACCAUGUAAAAAUAUUAAAUAAACUACCGGGAAAAUUCUAUAAACAAAAUGAAAAAUCAGAUUGUAUUGAGGACGAUAACGAUGUGUACAGCUCAACAGCAGAUUCUGAUUUUGAUGUACUUAGCGAUGUAUCUGGAGAUACUGAUAAUGAUCGAGAUAGUGACUUGGAUUUCAAUGUUAACAACAGGAAAGGUCGUAAGAAAAAAGAUCUCGUUACCAAAGCCAAACGGCUAUCCGCUGGAAAAGUUUGUGUAAAAAGAAAUCAAAUACAACAGGAUGACGCAGAUGAUCAACGAAACAAAAACGUACGCUUGAUUACCGCUAGCAUUUCUAAUCGACAAAUUAAAACAGGACCACCUGCAAAAGCAGGCUGUGCAACAGUUGCCGUGCAGAAAUUACUUUCGGAUGCCGUAGCUGCCCUGCCACCUAUCCCAAAACGCCCUGUAAUAGCACAAAGGGAAGAAAAUUCUAUUAACCCAGUCGUUCGACAACAAAUAAUGCCAUCUGCAGUACGCAGGGGCCCUACAAUAGAGGUUGGAGGUCAAAAGGCACCCAGCACACGCACACAACUACAAUCUUCCCCACAAUCUGUAAAAGAAAUUGUUAUUAAUAAGGUGAUGGCUAGUCCAAAGGGAGGAUUUACGGAAAUUGGAGAAUUCCUAUCUCAAGCAGAUGAUAAGCCAACAAGAGUUACCCCAGUUACAUCCACGAGCGGCAUUAAAGCACCCGCAACGAAAACGGGAAAUAACCCUACAUCUUCAAAAGGUUUUAUGCCACUGGGAGUGGAGACUGCUUCGAAAAAUAAAUUGCCUGUACAAAUUUCAAUUCAAACUCACCAGAGCUCCUCUGAAUUAGCUAAGUCUAAGGUUUUGGAGGAAUCACAGCAACUUGUUCAGCUCAAUUCAACGUUAUCAAACAGGCCUGUCAUGCAAUCGGAACAAAGCCCUGCUGAGUUAGCCUCAGAGCAAUUUGAUCUAAUUGUUUCUAUUGUAAAGGAUGAAAUGCGAAAAAAUUCUUUGGUAGAAGCGACUUCGAAAUCAAAUGAAAACAUACCCAAAUUGGUGCAGAUGCUAGAGAAUGCUGAACACAGUUUAGAGUCAAGUGCAGCCAAACCUCAAGUGGACAAAAAUCUUAACAAAUUCGGCCCAACUACUGAAGCGGGGGUGGGUGACAUUGACAUUUCUAACGCACCGCUUCUAGACUCACCUGAUGGUGACGAAAUCCCAGAAGACUUACUUCAGCAUGUUGUAGACCUUAUUGAAGAUGAUGAAACUUUGCAAGAAGCAGUGGAAAAACAAGUUUUCAGUGAAGGUCAAAAUGAAGAUAUUGCAUGUGCUACUUCGGGCGAUGGUGUGUAUGGAAAUGUGUCUUCAAUCACAGCUGGAACCAUACCAACUCCAAUGGUUCCAGAGCCUAUGCAACAGGAGUCUCUUCAACCAAAGAGUAUUAUUGAAAUGGCCAUAUCUAACUUGCCAUCGACUUCAGAGAGUGCGAAUAAUGAAGGUAAUAAUGCUCCAGUUCGCGCUUAUAACCUGCAAACUCCAAAGGCCACAGCGUCAACAUUGAUUCGAAAAGAACCUAUUCAAAUCGUACGUGGAAAUGGCCGAGUUAUCACGUUACCUCCAAUUGAAGCACCAACAACUCGUGCUAAGAGGAGAGCUCAAAAUCAGCCAGCAAACCCUGCAAAUACAAAUGCAGUAUUUAACGAGUCAUCCAUGGAUAGUUCGAUGCAGUCAAAUUCAUCGCUAAGCGUUGCUGAGCAUGUAACUCCUAUUCAAGUUGCUGUGGAAAAGAAAAAUGAAACGGCAUAUAAAAGGCGAGUUUCCAAAGAAGCCACAUCUUCUGGAACGAGUGUUGGAAAAUCUAAGAAAGCUGCUUCAGCCAAAAAGACCAGUGUUAAUAAAAUUAAUACAAGUAAAGCUGUAGUUGAAGAAUAUGCUUCAGGUUCGCAAGAAGAUGACGAUGAUCCAAAUAGGCUUUGGUGCAUAUGUCGACAGCCGCACAAUAACCGAUUUAUGAUUUGUUGUGAUGUUUGCGAAGAUUGGUUCCACGGGACUUGUGUAAGCAUAACGAAAGCAAUGGGUAUAGAAAUGGAGCAGAAAGGGAUUGAUUGGACUUGUCCUAAAUGUGUCAAAUUACAAGAAGAAAAAAAACAAAGAAAAAUCACUGACAUGCUUAUUUCAAGGAAGGUUACAGAUGCAGCAACUGGAAAAAAAGAUAAUUUGGAAAUUUUUCGCCAACAUGAUUUACAAUCAGGCUCUAAUUUGGAAGUAACGGAGCAUAAUUUUGCUCCUUUAUGUGAAGAAACAAAUUCCUUAGAAAACGCACAAAUCGUUGAUACAAAGAAACUACCUUACGAUGAUGUAAUAGGUGUUACACCGCCAUUAAAGAAAUCCUCAAAAAUAGCCACAGCUUCUACUAAGAAAAAACAGCAGACUCUAAAUUCGAGACAAAGAGGCGUUAGCUCACCUGCUUCUCAAACGAAGCAACGACAAAUUUUACAUCAAGAUAGGAAACAACAUGUUGAAUUAGACAAGUCUUCUGCAUCAACUCCGUCUCCUAAUAGUGUUCAACAAACAUUCAAAGAUGUAGAAAAGCCAAUAAUCCCGGAAUCAAUAUCAACUGAUCCACUUACAUUUUGCAUUGUUUGCAAGAGGACAGCACGACAAAAUUCAAUAUAUUGCAGUGAUGAAUGUAUUCGAAAGCAUGCACAGAAUGCUCUCAAUAUGUUUGCGGCAAUUUCAGCUGCUAAGUCUCCAGAACCAAACGUUAUGCCAAUUGCAAAUGAAGAAAUUUCUAUGAAGAAAAAGAAAUCCAAAGGUCUUUUUGAGGACAUCCUCUCUAUGGCAGAUCGGAAACCGAAAAUUGAACGGAUCCAUGUGAUUGAACGCAAAAGCGGCCGUGUUUUAACAGGAAACAAUGCACCAACUACGCACAAUUUGAAGAAGUGGCUGCAAGAUAAUCAAACAUUUGAAGUAGUGCAGCCCGGAAGCAUUGAAGCCCAAGAAGUUGAAAAAAAACAAAGGCAUCGUAACCCUGCAACUUUACCUCCUAUGGUUGUCCAAAAUGUAACAAAACAUAUCACAUCCACGUCUAUAACUCAUAUGCAAGGGAAUCAGUCUCCACACAGUGCUUGCGUUGUUAAUAAAACAGCUGUGCCACAAAUAGAACAGGAGUCGCAUGUGCAAAGGCCGGUAAAACAGUUGAUUGAACAAGUUGUAAAAUCUACAACCCAUAGUCCACGCCCUGGUACUCCUAAGCAACUCCAAAAAUACCCACCGCAAGUUUCUAUAAAGACAGAUAAAACCGUACGUAGCGAAUCAAAAGAUGAACUAAAAGAAAAGAAGGACAAAUCAAUAAAGCAGCGUCCAAUGAACGAUACUAUCAGAAAGCAUCCUGAAGCAAUGGCAUCGAUGAGCGCUAGUUCUGAACCCAUUCGAAUUAAUGUACGCCGUACUCUAAAGGAGCAACUGCUACAACGAAUGAAUGAAAUUGGAAAUGAAAAUGAAAGCGAAAGCAACGGCAAUGGACUCUUGCCGAAACUAAGUAUCGCAGAAAUCGAAAACUUUGUUACGGAUACCGAAGCUGAAAUGUACGAUUAUUUCAGCCGUGAUACCGGAUCACGUUAUAGGGCUAAGUAUCGUUCACUAAUGUUCAACAUCAAGGAUAGAAAGAAUCGAACACUUUUUGCUAAGAUUUGUGCCAAGAAAAUACAACCAAAGCAAUUAGUUCGAAUGUCACCCGAAGAAUUAGCGAGCCAAGAAUUGGCCCAAUGGCGUGAAAACGAAGCAAAACAUCAAUUAGAAAUGAUAAAAAAGUCGGAACUAGAUAUGUUGUCUUGUGCAAAAAAUUACGUUUUAAAAACACAUAAAGGCGAGGAGGUGAUUGAGGGUAAAAUUGGGGAUUGUGUUAAUUUGGACACUAGUAUUCCAGUAGAACAUGUGGUGUCUGUGCUAAAUAGCUCAGUUGUGAGUAGUAGCGACCCAGCAGAGGAAGAUAUAAAAAUUGAUUCAGAGUUAAGCUCAUUGUAUUUCGACAUGCAAAAUAGUAGUGAGAUACAAUCAAUUAAAAGCGGUUCCCGUUUAGACGACGAGAAGUCAAAAAAUCAUUCGAAAGAAAAAGAUAGAGAGCGUGAUUUCGAUGAUGAUAGAGAUCGCUAUCAUGGUCGAGAGCGUGAGCAUUCUCAUGCUCGUGCCCGCUCACACGAUAGUGAUCACAGCAGGGAUAAACAAAGGAAAAACAAAGAUCGGCACAGGGAUAAGUCAAGAUCACGGAAACGCAGUCGUAGCCACUCUCGCAGUCGGAGCCACAGCAGAGAAAAGCGCUAUAAGAGCUACCAUAAAGAUGAAAAACGCGAACGGGUGGAUCGUGACCGAGACAAGGAUAAAUACAAAGAAAAAGAACGGUAUAGUGAUCGGGCUGUACGUCAACAUAAAGAUGAAAUAGAUAGCAGGUCGCUAGAAAAACCAGCAAUAAAAAAUUCCCCUGCAAAUAUAAAUUUAAAUAAAAGCAGUGUCAUGAGUAGCAGUAAGGAUAAAAGUUGCUUAAAAAAGCCCAUUGCUCCGAAACCAAUAGAAGUUUACAGUCUAAUUGAUCAAAUACUGGAAUCUACCAAAACAGUAGAGGAGGCUGCAAAUUUAAUAAGUGAAAGAGAAAAGGAAAAACAAAAAAAAGAAUCGAUUAAAAAAAUAAGUACAACGCCUUUGUCGACAUCGUCAAUACUCAAGUUCAGUUCUGAGCAAGAACACAUUUUCUCAAAUGCUGUUACAAAUGAUGAUCAAGAGCCAAGUAGUACCGUAACAAUAGCGACACCACCUCAAGACCCAUACAUUCGUUAUACUGACACCGAUUCACCGACAUUAACUGACAGUGUGUCCACAGCCAUAAUUUGGAGUGGAAAUAUUAAUAUGGUUGACGUCGCCUCUUUCCAUAUAAUACUACAGCCUGUUGUAGGAAAUGCGCUAAAUAUGGGUAACUUGUUUCCCAACGAAUUAGAUGUUGUUGGACGAAUUGGUCCUGACACAGUAUGGGAAUAUAUUUCAAAAAUAAAGAGAAGCCCCAACAAAGAAAUUGUCAUUAUUCGCCUCAUUCCAUCCUCAGAGACCGAAACAGCAGCAUACACUGUAUUAUUUCAAUAUCUUGAAAAUAGAAAUCGUUUGGGUGUUAUAAAUACUAUAUCGCCGCAAAUAAAGGAUUUUUAUAUAUAUCCAUUGGGAGCAGGCAAACCAAUGCCUACAGUAUUGUUACCAGCUGAGAAAGUAGAUUUCUAUGAAGAUCCCUAUAGGCCGGACAUCUUAGUGGGUGUUGUAGUGAGGAUAAUAGGAAAGCGUCUCACAUCUGUACCAACCAACUCAGCGUCUCUAUCAAUAUCAAAGUCUCAUCAUCGAAUAACCGAUGCAGAAACGUUUACACCGCCUGGUAGUCCCAAAAGAAAACGUAGGAUGCUUUCAUCUACACCAAAAGUUGCCGAAAUAGAUGUUGAUGCUAUUAUAAAGGCACCAAUCGCUACAAAAUCGCAUAAAGCAGCUUCGCUACCAUCCUCAGCUCCAACAGAUGAUGCUAAUGAGCCAUAUUCCCCCGGCGGAAGUUCUGAUGAUGACUCGGCUGUAACUCCUAAAAUGACUUCAAGGUCUGACGAAGACGAUUUAAAACGUAAAAUGGAAGAACUAAACAGACAAAUCGCAGCUCAAGAAAAGGAAAUCGCUGGUUUGCUGAAUGUAGAGCCAUCGUGUUUUACAACCCCAUCAUCAUCAAAGACUUCCGCAGUGCUGGCCAAUAUUUCAAUUCCCUCAAAUCUUUCCCAAAUUCUUGCAAGUAUAAAGAGUAAACCAGAGGGCAAUCAAUCACAGGCACAACUUCAAUCAACCCGGAUAAACACAGUCACAAAUAGUCUUAGUAAUGUUCUUGAUGAUGAAGAAUAUAAUCCUGAGUUGGCUUCAUUUGAAAUAAGCGCUAAUUCGACGAGGAAAACUUCAAGCCGCUUAGCUCAACUAAGCGAGGCAGAGUUGAUGAGUAUGGUACCCGAUGGUAUAAUGGACGCUCUAGUGGCACGGAACUCCGUGCCAGCCAGCACCGAUAUAAAAACACAUUUUGAGGAGCCUCCACCACCUGGUGUUUGAAUGAUAGACAGCAUGCAAUAUUUAGCAUAAUAAAAAUGGUUAUGCUUGUUCAAUAUUUAUACAUUAUUUCAUAUAUGAGAAUAUCUCUUCAAGUUAUCAAAUUUUACAUUAAAAUAUUUAUAAACGUUAGCUUUACACUAUUUAUAUAUGUAUAUGAAAAUCAUCAGUAAAUUCUGGAGAUUUUACUAAAUUUCUUAUCAUUUAUUUAAUGUAAAUUGUUAUUUUGCUAAGCAAAAGUAAACGGAACGAUAGGAAUGAACAUGGAAAGGAUCUUAGGUCCUACAACCUAAAACAUCUUAUAUUGCCAACUUCAGUCUUAAAUCAUUCUAUAAAAAAUUCCGAAAGGCUAAGGGGUUACUAUUUAAUUAGUGUCAAAGCCUUACAUUUCACAAUAUUAUUUUUUAUAUAACAUAUUCUUAUCUUCAAAAAUCCACUUCCAGUGUAUUGAAAACAAUGAAAUAAAAGAAAUAAACUCA